UUCCUCUCGCUCCUAGCAGCCAGUCAGAGGAGGAGUAAGAGGCUGGUCGCUCGUAGAGUGAAGGCGGUGCCUGGGAUUGAGAGGAUUCACAUGAAGCCGGGGUGGUCCUCCUCACCAUACAUAUGAUACAGAGUCGGUAUAGUCCGGCUACAUGUCAUAGCUGGCGGAUAGAGAAGUUUCCCGUCAGCCCCACAUCACAUGCAUCAUUACAGAGCCGGGAGCGGACAGGCUGAGUGUCAUACCCCGGAAGACCUGCUCCUUCUAUGACACCAAGCAGCCGCCUGUGUCCAGGAAAUACCAUGUACUCCGAGCAGCCCAUUGAUUGGAGCGUUCCGUGUGUGUUCCUGCUGGGACAGUGUAUGUGAAGCAGUAUGUGUUGGGUGCAGGGUGUGGAUAAGGCUCACCUAGCUGUGUCUGUAUAUAUGGACACUGAAUGAGAGCAGAUUAUACUCUGUGCUGUUUAUAGGAACCCCCUCCAGCUCACCAUGAACAUGAGGAUAUUCCCAGACUUCCCCAACUUCAGAUGGGCAAUGACUGCCAUCUUCCUCCUGGCACUGCUGCUGAUGGUGGUGCCUGUUGCUGCCUCUGAUGUCAAUCCAGACCUUCACCCACCAGGCAUCACCCCUUAUGAUGAGGGAGUCGUCCCGGAUCCCCACCAUGCUGCUGACAAUGACACCCAUAAACCUAGACAUAGAAAACUGUUCCCGGUGCUCGAUCUGGACUACCCUCAUAUCCGUGAACCCUUCGAGAUCUCCUUGUGGAUUCUUCUGGCUUGUCUGAUGAAGCUGGGAUUCCAUGUGAUUCCUACUGUGUCCAACGUCGUUCCAGAAAGUUGUCUUCUGAUUGUUGUGGGGCUUUUGGUUGGUGGACUUAUCAAAGCAGUGGGUGAAAUCCCUCCAGUUUUAAGUUCCAAAGUCUUCUUUCUGUACCUUCUGCCCCCCAUUAUCCUAGAUGCUGGAUACUUCUUGCCCCUGCGUCCUUUCUCUGAAAACCUGGGAACCAUUCUGAUAUUUGCAGUGGUGGGCACCCUCUGGAAUGCCUUCUUUAUAGGGUCACUGCUGUUUGCAGUGUGCCAGAUAAGUGGAGGCCAUCUUUCAAAUGUAGGCCUCCUGGACAACUUGCUGUUUGGCAGUAUCAUAUCCGCUGUGGACCCGGUGGCUGUGUUGGCUGUGUUUGAAGAAAUCCACAUCAAUGAGCUGCUCCACAUUCUAGUGUUUGGAGAGUCCUUGCUUAAUGAUGCAGUCACAGUAGUUUUAUAUCACCUUUUUGAAGAGUAUUCUGCUUUGGAUCAAGUCGCAUUCCGUGAUAUAUCUCUGGGGUUCCUGAGUUUCUUUGUUGUUGCCCUGGGAGGGGUAUUUGUUGGAGUUGUAUAUGGAAUUACCGCAGCCUUCACUUCCCGCUUCACCUCCCACAUCCGUGUCAUUGAGCCCUUGUUUGUUUUCCUCUAUAGUUACAUGGCAUAUAUGUCUGCAGAGCUCUUCCAUCUCUCAGGAAUUAUGGCCCUUAUUGCUUCAGGAGUUGUAAUGCGACCUUAUGUGGAGGCUAAUAUUUCCCACAAGUCCCAUACUACCAUCAAAUAUUUCCUGAAAAUGUGGAGCAGUGUCAGUGAGACUUUAAUUUUCAUCUUUCUUGGAGUUUCCACCGUGGCUGGACCUCAUUCUUGGAAUUGGACCUAUGUCAUCUGCACCCUUGUCUUCUGUCUGAUAGCACGCGUGUUGGGUGUUCUUGGCUUAACUUGGUUUAUCAACAGAUUCCGCAUAGUGAAGCUGACACCCAAAGACCAGUUCAUUAUUGCAUAUGGUGGCUUGCGUGGAGCCAUUGCUUUCUCCUUGGGAUACUUAUUACAUAGCCCUAACAGAAACAUGUUCCUCACUGCAAUAAUUACAGUAAUAUUCUUCACAGUUUUUGUCCAGGGAAUGACCAUUCGUCCGCUGGUGGAACUUUUGGCUGUGAAGAAGAAACAAGAAACUAAGCGCUCAAUAAAUGAAGAAAUACAUACACAGUUCCUUGAUCACCUUUUAACUGGAAUUGAGGAUGUAUGUGGUCACUAUGGCCAUCACCAUUGGAAAGACAAGCUGAAUCGUUUUAAUAAAACUUAUGUGAAGAAGUGCCUUAUUGCAGGGGAGCGGUCCACAGAGCCUCAGCUCAUUGCCUUUUAUCACAAAAUGGAGAUGAAGCAGGCCAUAGAAUUGGUAGAGAGCGGGGGCAUUGGUAAAAUCCCAUCCACCGUUUCUACGGUUUCCAUGCAAAAUAUCCAAACUAAACCUAAGCCUGAGAGAAUGCUUCCAGCAUUGUCCAAGGUGAAAGAAGAGGAGAUACGCAAGAUCCUGCGCACAAACUUGCAAAAGACACGCCAAAGGCUACGCUCGUACAAUCGUCACACAUUGGUAGCUGAUCCCUAUGAAGAUGCCUGGAAUCAGAUGUUACUUCGAAGACAAAAAAUUCAUCAAAUAGACCAUAGGGCUAAUAAUUAUUUGACUGUUCCUGCACACAAGUUGGACUCUCCCACCCUUACCAGAGCUCGUGUGGGUUCAGACCCCCUUACAUUUGAGCCGAAACGAGGCUCUGAGGAUGUCCCUGUGAUCACCAUUGACCCAGCUUCCCCUGAGUCUGUAGAUAUUGUGGAUGAAACGCAAGAGGAGGGAGAAGAUGAUGGUGGGAUUACAAUCGUUGCACGAGAGCCACCUUCUCCAGGGGCAGAUGAUGUUUUUGGCGCCAGUGACAGCCCUACCACCCAAAAGUUACAGCGCUGUUUAAGUGAUCCUGGACCUCAGCCUGAAGAGAACCAGCCUUUCCUGCCGAAGGACUGAUCCAUAUUCUUUUGAUGGACUGAGCCAAACAGCAAUGAGACACAUGACGUAGUUUUUUGCCUCAAUCUUACACUCCUCACCAACACGUGUUUGUUUGUUUUUUGUUUUGUUUUUUCGCUCAAAAUGCUUUUUUCUGUUUGUUUUUUCUCCACUUACAUUCU